GUGAUUGGUCGGGCUGGCGCGAUGGCGGCGCCGGUAAUGGUGGCGGCGGCGGGCGGCGCCGACUUUUCCGAUCUGCGGGAGAUCAAGAAGCAGCUGCUGUGCGUGGCGGAGCGGAGCCGCGAGCGCGGGCUGCAGCACAGCGGGAAGUGGGCUGCUGAACUUGCAUUUGCCCUGGAGCCACUGCCACUGAGUGAGCUGCCGCCUCCCCCCGUGCUCACCGAGGAGGAUGCUCGUGAUCUGGAUGCCUACACAUUGGCCAAGUCUUACUUUGAUCUCAAGGAAUAUGAUAGGGCUGCCUACUUUUUACAGGGCUGCAAGAGCCAGAAAGCUUACUUCUUGUACAUGUACUCCAGAUACCUGUCAGGGGAAAAGAAGAAGGAUGAUGAGACAGUUGAUAGUUUGGGACCUCUGGAAAAAGGACAGGUGAAAAAUGAAGCUCUACGAGAAUUGAGAGUUGAGCUCAGCAAGAAACACAAGGCACAGGAACUGGAUGGAUUUGGCCUUUAUCUAUACGGUGUUGUGCUGCGGAAACUGGACCUGGUGAAAGAAGCAAUAGAUGUGUUUGUUGAAGCUGCUCAUGCCCUGCCUUUGCACUGGGGAGCCUGGCUGGAACUUUGCAACUUGAUUACAGAUAAAGAGAUGUUGAAGUUCCUGUCCUUGCCAGAUACAUGGAUGAAAGAGUUCUUUCUUGCACACAUUUAUACAGAGCUGCAGCUGAUAGAGGAAGCUCUGCAGAAGUAUCAGAGUCUCAUUGAUGCAGGAUUUUCCAAAAGCACUUAUAUCAUCUCUCAGAUUGCAGUUGCUUACCACAAUAUAAGAGAUAUUGACAAAGCUCUAUCCAUCUUUAAUGAGCUGAGGAAACAAGAUCCUUACAGGAUAGAAAACAUGGACACUUUCUCCAACUUGCUCUAUGUAAGGAGCAUGAAGCCUGAGUUGAGCUACCUGGCUCAUAAUCUCUGUGAGAUAGACAAGUACCGUGUUGAGACCUGCUGUGUAAUUGGAAAUUAUUAUAGCUUGCGUUCCCAGCAUGAAAAAGCAGCGCUCUAUUUCCAGAGGGCCUUGAAACUGAAUCCUCGUUAUCUAGGAGCCUGGACACUUAUGGGACAUGAGUAUAUGGAAAUGAAGAACACAUCUGCAGCUAUCCAGGCAUAUAGGCAUGCAAUAGAGGUGAACAAAAGGGACUACAGAGCAUGGUAUGGCUUGGGGCAAACCUAUGAAAUCCUCAAAAUGCCGUUUUACUGUCUCUACUACUACCGACGGGCCCACCAGCUCAGACCAAAUGAUUCUCGUAUGCUGGUUGCUCUAGGAGAAUGCUAUGAGAAACUCAAUCAGUUGGUGGAAGCUAAGAAGUGCUAUUGGAGAGCUUAUGCUGUUGGAGAUGUGGAGAAAAUGGCACUUGUGAAACUUGCCAAGUUGCACGAACAGCUGAAUGAAUCUGAACAGGCAGCUCAGUGCUACAUCAAAUACAUCCAAGAUAUCUAUUCCUGUGGGGAGGUAGUGGAGCACCUGGAGGUCAGCACUGCAUUUCGUUACCUGGCCCAGUACUACUUCAAAUGUAAGCUUUGGGAUGAAGCCUCAGCAUGUGCUCAGAAAUGCUGUGCCUUCAACGAUACUAGAGAAGAAGGAAAGGCCCUGCUGCGCCAGAUAUUACAGCUUCGCAACCAAGGAGAAACAUCAUCAACAGAUGUUGCUGCUCCCUUUUUCCUUCCUGCAUCCUUGUCAGCCAGCAACACUCCCACACGUCGUGUCUCCCCUCUCAAUCUGUCUUCUGUAACACCAUGAACAAUUCUGGUACUUCUAACUUGUGCAUUGGAUGUGACAUUGCAGGUGGACAUGCAACCACUUACUUGUUUCUAGGGAAAUUCCUUCUUUUGUUGUUGCCCUCACAUGAAGGGUAGGAAUUAGCAGAGUCCACAGCUGGAGACAGAUGGGCCCCAACAUCCAAAGGGCAGCCUGAUGUGAAAGUGCCUGUGCUGUGAUGUGAGAACCUGCUCUACUUCUUACCAAAUCAUUCCAGUCAGAGGGCAUACAUGUCCCACUACACGGGACUACUCUGAAGUGAGACACUGGGAAGAGCUUAUCUGCUUGAGUCAAAAUACAUUUUAAGUUUGAUUCUGCCAAAUUACCUCUGGUCCUUGCUGCACUUCUUUGGAUGACCUCUUAGUGGGAUCACUGCUGUCCUCAUUAGAGACUGUUACCUACCUGCCUACUUAAGGACUUUUGCCUGUCUUGAACUACAGAGGAGAUGUUUCACUAAAGCAGUAGAAUAGGCACUCAGAGAUAGGUCCCAUGGGUGCGUUAAAGGAUUGGCAAAUACCAGAGGAAUCCCAAGUAGCUACAGGUGACAGCUGUCUGAGUUCUGACUAGAUCUGAUGGAUCGUUUUGGUUCUCAGUAGAAAAGCAGUUGGGAUAGCACAAUUUAAAAAAUCAUGGUGAAGUUAUAGUCCUUGGGCUUCUUUAUGGUGCAGCUUCCAUGUGUACUGUAGCAAUGGAAUCAAGUGAACUAUAAUGGAUCAUUUUGUUAAGGAGGCAAAAGACAAUUAUGCCUUUGUUUCAGAAUUAGUGUCCUUGUUCACCCCUAUAAAUUUACAGCC